AUGUCGGAUCGUUAUAGGCCCCCUACAGGCCCAAGGAACAGUUCUAAAAAAUAUGACGAUCGAAAGAAUGGCUCGAAGCCUAGUUAUAAAUCGUCAUAUUCAAUGAGGGACUCUUCUUCGCGUGACAGAUAUCCUCCAACUGGGCCGAAGCGAUAUACGGAAAGAGAUACGUAUCGCUCUGGAUCUUCACAAAAUGAUGCAUAUCAAUCGGGAGCAAGAAACAGACCAUCAGGUCCUUCAGGAUAUAGACCAUCAAAUAGUGAAGGGAGAAAUUACACUAACACGAAUAAUGUUUCUAGAGAUCAUAAUGGAAAAUCAAUAGGUCAAGGAGGAACAAAAAGACUGUUCCCCUCAGAACCCAAGGGAUUUGCAAAUGAUAAAAAAAGGAGAGAUUUAGGAGGUCCUUCUUCUGUCCCAACAACGGCUCCUUCCACAGGUUAUAAAGAUAAUGGAGGUGGGUACAGAAAUGCAAGGUAUGACAGCAAACAGAAAGUUAAUUUUAAUAAGUUCCCAAAGGGUCCUAAGUCUUUGGGGGGGCCCGUUGAUAAAAAUCGCUUCUCGGGAGGUGACUUCAAAAGACAGGUUACUCCAUCUGCAAUACAGUUGAAAAAAUCACAGAUUUAUUCUGUUAAAGUAAGCAAGCCUUUUGAGAUAUAUGAAAGAGUACAACAGGUGGGCGAAGGAACUUAUGGUAAGGUUUAUAAAGCUAAAAAUUGCAUAACCGAAGAAUUUGUUGCCCUCAAAAAAUUGCGAUUAGAGAGCGAACGUGAGGGGUUUCCAAUAACUGCAAUGAGAGAAAUCAAGUUACUUCAGUCUUUUGAUCACGAAAAUGUUGUUGGCUUACUAGAAAUGAUGAUUGAACACAAUCAGAUAUAUAUGGUUCUUGAUUACAUGGAUCACGAUUUAACUGGUUUACUUACUCAUCCCGAUUUAAAGCUUGAAGAAAGUCACAAAAAGUUUAUAUUCAAACAAUUAAUGGAGGGUCUUAACUAUUUGCAUAAGAGAAGAGUUAUUCAUAGAGAUAUCAAGGGCUCCAAUAUACUUUUGGACAAUAUGGGGAGGGUCAAGAUUGCUGACUUUGGAUUAGCCAGAACUAUGAAGAUAGUGAAUGAUCAUAUAAGUCCUGAUUACACCAAUAGAGUUAUUACCAUAUGGUACAGACCUCCUGAAUUAUUAUUGGGUUCCACUAAUUACGGAAGAGAAGUUGAUAUAUGGGGUGUUGGGUGUCUUUUAAUAGAGCUAUAUUCUAAAGUAGCAGCAUUCCAAGGAUUUGAAGAGGUUGGCCAACUACAUAAAAUAUUCAAUAUAAUGGGUACUCCUACCGUUGAAAGCUGGCCGGAAAUUGAAGACUUACCAUGGAUUGAAAUGUUGAAACCCAAAAUUAAUAAGGCUAGCAAUUUUAGAAAUCAAUAUGCGUCAAUCAUGUCGGAGCAAAGUUUUGACCUUGCAGAAAAAUUGUUGCAGUUGAAUCCUGCAAAAAGAUUGACGGCAGAGGAGGCAUUGCAACAUGCUUAUUUUACUGACCAACCGGCACCAGAGCCACUUCUUUUUCUUAAGGACAUCAAAGGUGAAUGGCAUGAGUUUGAAACGAAAAAGAGAAGAAGAAAAGAGAGAAAAAGAUUACAAGAAGAAAAAACAAACCAGCAGUCUCUCGCACAGCUGGUUCCUCAAACUCAGCCCAGUGCUCCUCCUUCACAACAAAUGAUAACACCGUCUCAAACAUUAGCAUCCCCAUCUCAGGCGGUCAACGGUAUUUCAGAUACGCCGUUAGGUGUACCUGAAUAA